GGAUCUGUCAGAUCUGACAGAAGCAGCAAAAGCGGGUUGGGUUUAUUCUAAAUGUCAUCUCCAAGAUAAAUAUAAUUCUGCUGUGAGUGUAAUUGUUCUUAUCCAGAGAGUAUUUUCGGUGUCCUCCAGUUCUUCGCACAUUGUCUUAAGCAGCAGCAAAGAUGUUGGCCCUAAUGAACAGAAUACUGGAUUGGUUCCGAAGUCUCUUCUGGAAAGAGGAGAUGGAGUUGACACUGGUUGGUCUGCAGUACAGUGGAAAAACAACAUUCGUCAAUGUUAUUGCUUCUGGUCAAUUCAGUGAGGACAUGAUUCCCACUGUUGGCUUCAACAUGAGGAAGAUCACAAAGGGUAAUGUUACCAUCAAGGUUUGGGAUAUCGGCGGUCAGCCCAGGUUUAGGUCCAUGUGGGAGAGGUAUUGCCGAGGCGUCAAUGCCAUUGUGUACAUGGUUGAUGCUGCGGACUCAGAUAAAAUAGAAGCCAGUAGAAAUGAAUUGCACAAUUUAUUAGAUAAGCCCCAAUUAGCAGGCAUUCCAGUUUUAGUUUUGGGCAACAAAAGGGAUUUGCCUCAUGCAUUAGAUGAAAAUGGACUUAUUGAACGAAUGAACUUAUCCGCGAUACAGGACAGGGAGAUCUGCUGCUACUCGAUUUCCUGCAAGGAGAAGGACAACAUCGACAUAACCCUGCAAUGGUUGAUCGCGCAUUCGAAAUCCGGGAUGCGCUAAGGAUUCUUAAUCUGAGAUUCAGUUUAACCAAAACCCUCUAUAUAAUUUUCUUUUCUUCUUCUUGUUCUCUCGUCCUUCGUUUUAAUUUUAGUCCCCCCCAAAAAAAACACAUCUCCUUUU